AAUACGGCGGCUGAGGAGGCGGCAGCGGAGGGUCGCGUCCGUCCCGCAGCCCCGCGCGCCCCCUCGCCACACCAUGGAGGACCGCGAGCAAGACGAGCGGCGGCGCAAGGUGGAAGCCGGCCGGGCAAAGCUUGCUCAAUUCCGACAAAGAAAGACAAAAGGCGACAGUACGAGUUCGAAGAAAAAGGCGUCGAAGAGGAAGAGCUCGGCUGUCCAUGCGGCUGUCCAGGAGAAGGAGGAGGAGGAGUGUGCGUGUGCGGUAGAGACCCCAGACAGCCAGCUCCCUUCGGACCUGGAGCAGAGCACGGAAAGCCGAGCCGGCAGCAACUGCACAGAGGCGGGAGCCGGUGUGCUGGAUCCCACGGCUGAGAGGGAGCUUUCCAGUUGGUCAGCACAGAAGAAGCCAGUGACUGAAUUAACUGUACAGGAACAAGUACCAAAAGACAGCAUAUCAUCCUUAGCCACAGAGCCCAGUGAAUUUGAAGUGCCAAGGGCUCAGGCCAAGAUUAAGAUGCUGGAAGAGAAACUUGUGGGCAAGCAGGAGGACAUUGACCUACUGAGUCAGGAGGUGGGCGAGCUUCAGGUGCGGCUGGCCCAGUGCUCUGAGGCUGCUCAGCUGCAGCAGAAUAGCGAGCUUCUGAAGAGCAAGAUGCCAACCAAAGAAGGCUCGUCACGGCCCCAGCCCCCAGCAGCCGCCUUGCUGCAGAGCCCACAGGAGCCAAGCCCUUCCCUGCAGGUGCUGUACCCAAGGGCCCGGGAUUUGGACAUGCAGCUGGGAUCAUCUCAGGAGAAUAUCAGAGAGAAAGAGAGUGUGUUUGCCCAGAUGGAAGAACAUUUGAAAUGUGCUGUUCAGGAGCCGUCACAAGUGGUUGGAGAGAAGGACGGGAUGAUCGGCCAUCUCCCAGACCAGUCACGCCCUGCUGAUGCGGCCUUGGCUUCAUUACAGCCUGCUCUUUCAGUGAAAGACUCGGCAACCAGAGAGUUAAAGCAGGGAAAGCGAGACUGUGUUGAGGAGUCCCAAACACAUCCCCAGAAGGAGGUUUGUAGGCCGCUGCAGGAUCUGAGGCAGGCUGUGUUAGAGGAGGAGCCUGAGCGGGGGGUCACAGGAGCAAGAAAGGCUUGUGGAGACGCAGUAGAUGGGAAACACAGGAAAGCAGAUGGGCCCACGAAGCCAGGAGCCCCACCGGUUAUAGACCCAAGAGACAGGGAGCCACAGAGCCUCAGUGGAGUCAACAUCAAUUUAAAUGAUCAACUCCACGAACCGGAUCUGCAUAGAGAUGGCUUGUGCGCAACACCGGAGCGCCCCAUGGCAGCUUUUCAGGAGGAAAGAACUGAGGCUGAGCAGGUGGAGAAGGGUGUGCUAGAGGAUUUUAAGAGAAAGCUUUCUUCUCCGGAGAAACACUCAGAGGAAGCUUGGCACUCCAAGGGUGAAGAGGGACAUCAGGAUGAAGUGACACAAACACUCAGCUCCCGUGUCCAAGGGUUGAAUGGGGAGUUGCUGGGAGAACCUGAAAACAGCAGACACCUCCAGCUGGAGCCUGUCGAGGAAGUCACUGCCUGCGACACUAAGUUAGGAUGGUCAGAGCAGGAGGAAAGAAUGUUACUAUGUCCCUUUGAUGCCCAGGAGGCUGAACUUGAGAGUGUUCAGAGUAAGCUAUGCCUCUGGCCCCGAGAGUCACUGGGCCCUGAGCUGGAAUAUCAGGGUGUUCUCAAAAGGUUCAGUUUAGAGUCUGGAGAAGAAAACCGAAGUUUAAAACUUGACGUGAAUGAGGAUGACAGAAUGAUCGACGGGGAAGCAUCCAUGGGGGAAUCGAUGAUGGAGGGAGCUGGGGACUUGAUGGAAAAAUACCUGGUGUGCACCGAACAGCAAGAUCACUUGAGCGAAUCUGAGACGUCGGAAUAUUUUGAUAUAGAAACCGCAUUACAGGGGAAGUCUGUGAGAGAGAGCCUGGGCUUUAUAUCACAGGAGCUCUUCCUUGGCUCUGAUGAGAAAAUGGACUCAGAUGCUUUGUCAGAAGCAGAUUCCUUUGCUGACUCAGUGACAAAUAGACAGUCUGGCAGUGGCUUCUCUCUAGGAGACUUAAGUGAAAUCUCGGAGUUAAUGGGUAAAGAUAAGGUUUACCCGAUGCAGGACGGUGUGAAGUUACAUCAGUUCCUUAGGGAAAAGGAAUUGGCACUCAAGAAUUUCUCCCAGGAGAUUGAAGAGGCUGAGGAGAGAUGGUGGGAGGGAGGCCAUAGCCUUCCAAUUGGACCAAACCAGGAGAGGGGAAGCUCCUUGUUCUGUGAUGAGAUCGUGCCGAGGCUGGAGGAAGUGGGUGAAGAUCAGAUUGAACCUGGGGCUGCGGCUGGUAGCAUGACAGACCUGCGAGGCUCCUUUGUGGCAGCUCCCCGUGCUCUUCUCUGGCUUGGGAUGGCCAAGGUCUUCCAGGAAGAAGUGGAGAGGCGAGCAGGGAAAAUGGCUCCUGACUCGGUGCAUCUCAGAGCUCUGGCUGGGCAGGCGGGGGCCAGACUGCAAGUCCAGCCUGGUACCCAUGAAGCCCAAAGCCACAUGUCUGCUGGGUGUCUGGGUCAGAAAACCGCUUUGAACCAGUCUCUGCUGCAGGAGGUGGAGGCCUUGAGGGCCGAGAUUGCUAUCAAGGAAGAUCUGUUUCCACAGACAAUACAAGGAAAAAAUACUUGGGAAACAAGCUUUUCUAAAGAUAGGGAAAAUUUUGAGGGAAACAUACUUGAACUUACUGAGAAAAUGAAAUCCUUGGAAAAAGGACAGGGCCACGAACAAAUAGAAAUGGCUGGACCAUCUAAAUCUGCUCCUUCAGAGGGUCAGAAACUUGAUGCUGAGACAAAGGCAAAGGAAUCAGAUUUCAUGCAAGCAGAAAAUGACCUGAUUCAGCCUAUGGUUUCCUUGGGAAAUGCUCAGGAAGAGCCAGGGUGGCAGCUCCAGGCGGAGGCGCAGAAGACCAUACGCGCUUUGGAGGACGUCCAGUCUGAGCUGAGCAGCCGCUAUGAAGAGCAGAUGAGUCAGCUGAAGCAUCGGCAUGAGGCUGAGAGAGCACAGCUGAGGCGGGAGCACCAGAAAGAGGUGGAGGAUAUAAGGGAACAGAUGAAAGACAAGCUGGACCAGCAGCAGCAGCUAUGGGACAGAGAGCGGAAAGAGCAGAUCGGCUUGAUUAAGAAGAUCCACGAACGAGAACACGAUCGGGAGAUCGAGGAACUGAUCACUAAGCAUAAAGACGAGAUGAAGCAGCUCCGUGAGGAACUUCAGAGCAGGCACCAGCAGACGGUGGAAGAACUUCAGGAGCACCUGCAUGCCUUGCAUGAAGCCGAGAUGCAGCAGGCCCAGCUUCAGGCACAGACUCUGCACAGCCUGGAGCUGGAGGCUCUGCGCCUGAGCCUGAGUAAUAUGCACACGGCCCAGCUGGAGCUGAGCCAGGCAAACCUGAUCAAGGAGAAGGAGACAGCCCUGGUGGAGCUGCGAGAGAUGCUCAAUGACAAGCGGGCACAGGAGGUGGCCCUUGUCCAGAGCCGCCUGCAGUUUGAGCUGGAGCACAUCAAGGAUCAGCAUUGCAAGGACAUGCAGCAGAUGGCCUCAGCGCACCGGCAGGAGCUAGCCGACCUGGAGAAGAAGCUGGAGUCAGAAAUGGAGGCACACGCCCAGACACGGGAGACACUCAAGGCAGACUGGGACUCGGAGAGGGCCUUGAGCUUAGGAAGGUUACAGGAAGAGCUGUCUGAAAAGCAUCGCGCCGAGAUGGAGAGCAUGCGCGCGGCCCUGAGUGCCCAGUUAGCCGGGCAGAAGGCUGAGCUGGAUAAGAUGGGUCGAGACAAGGCCCAGGCUGAAGCUGCUCUCCUAGGCCUGCAGGCUGAGCACCAGGCGGCCCUGAAGGACCUUCGCCAGGAGCUGCAGCUCCAGCAUGCCCAGGCCUUACGAGAAAUGGAUCUGAAAGUUAGAGAAAAGCAGCAAGAGCUGGAUGUGCUUCAAGCUUCCUGUGAAGAACUGCAGGCUCGGUAUCGAGAAGAAAUCCAGCAGCUGUGGUCCCAGCUGGAUUCCACACGAGCAAAUCGACAGGAGUUGAACGAGCUCAAGGAGCAGCUUCUGGCUCGAGCGUCCCACGUGGAGCAAAUUGAGCAUCUCAAGCAUGACUUUGAGCAGCGGAAGAGUGAGCACGAGACCGAGCUGGAGCAGCUGCGCCUGUAUUUUGAGCGGAAGCUGCGCGAUGCCGAAGAGAGCCACCGCGAGGACUUAGAUCUGCUCCACCAGAGGCUGCGGGAGGUCGGGGAGCACUCCUUCUUUGACUUCGAGGAUGUCAGUUGGUUCCUUGGCUUUGUGGAAGAGGUGUCGAAAGUAGAAGGAAAAGCCCACCUGGAUCAGCUCAUGCUUCAGCUGCAGAAGCACAAGGAGGGCAUAGUGCAUCUUAGGCAACAGCUUGAAGAGAAAUACAAGGAAGAACGGCACGCAUUUGCGGCUUCUCUGGAGACUCAUUACAAGGAGAUGCACUUGGCAGAGAUGGCGAGGGAGAAGCGGCAGCACUGCCUGGACCUCGAAGAGCUGCGCACCAGCCUCACGGAGGACCAUAGGAAAGAGAUGAUCAAGGUGAGAUUACAGAGCGCUCAGGAUGCUGCCCGCCAGGUGGAAGCAGAGGUGGCAGAGAGGGUCUUGGCCCUGGAAGAGGAUCACAAAGUCAGAGUGGCCCAGCUACAGUCCAAGGAGGAGCUUAUCUCUCGACUCACAGAAGAAGUCGGCCUUGCAAAGACAGAAAAGGCUGAACUGCAAGAGAAGCUGCAGCGCGAGAUCUGUCUGAAGGCAGAAGCCGAGAAGAUGAGAAGCGCCCUUGCUGAAGACCACCAGAGAGAAGUGAGGAAGUUGCAGGAGGAGAUCCAGCAGAUCAAGGACGAGGAGGAUCACUGGCAAGUCCGAAGCAGGGAAGCCCAAGAGAAGCUGGCUGCUCUGACCCUUGAGCUGACCGGCAAGGCCGAGCAGGAGCAGCAGGCCUUGAGAAAGGCCUUUGACCUCCGAGUCACGGAGUUGGAGCAGCUUCGAGACCGGCAGGCGGCUGACAUCACCAGGCUCGAGCAGACCCUGAGACAGCGGGAGGAGAGCCAGGCUCAGGACUUGGAGGCGGCCACCCGGAGGCUCCGGGAGGACUGUGCCUCGGAGCUGCGGACGAGCCAAGGGAGAUUCUUGGAAGAGCAAAAACAAAUGACGCAGAAAUUCACCAACAAACAAGACGCUCUUCUCCGGGAGCUGCAGGAGAAGCAUGCGGGUGAGCUCCAGGUACAGAGUCACCAGCUUCAGGAGAGGUACAGGCAGCAGACAGAGUCCCUGACCACUGAACUACAGAGCAAACAUCGUGAGGACACGGAUGCCCUCAGAGCUUCCUUGCAGGCCCAGCAUCGGGCCCAGCUGGAUGCCCGGGUGGCUGAGCUGCAGGCGCAGCAUCAUGAGGACACAGAUGCCCUCAGAGCUUCCUUGCAGGCCCAGCAUCAGGCCCAGCUGGAUGCCCGGGUGGCUGAGCUGCAGGCGCAGCAUCAUGAGGACACAGAUGCCCUCAGAGCUUCCUUGCAGGCGCAGCAUCAGGCCCAGCUGGAUUCCCGGGUGGCUGAGCUGCAGGCGCAGCAUUGUGAGGACAUAGACUCCCUCAGAGCUUCCUUGCAGGCCCAGCAUCGGGCCCAGCUGGAUGCCCGGGUGGCUGAGCUGCAGGCGCAGCAUCAUGAGGACCUGGAUGCCCGGGUGGCUGAGCUGCAGGCGCAGCAUCGUGAGGACCUGGAUGCCCGGGUGGCUGAGCUGCAGGCGCAGCAUCGUGAGGACACGGAUGCCCUCAGAGCUUCCUUGCAGGCACAGCAUCAGGCCCAGCUGGAUGCCCGGGUGGCUGAGCUGCAGGCCCAGCAUGCUGCAGGCAUUAGCGAGCUGGAAGCCAAGCACUUGUCAAAUCUGGAUUCUUUGGAGUCCUCUUACCUGUCUGAGAUUCAGACUAUCCAGGAAGAGCACAGCCAUGCUCUGGAGCAACUGCAGGGGAGGCUGGUGGAGCAGCUGCGGGAACAGGAGGCCAAGCAUGAGGUGCUCUUGGCUCAGAAGGCAGAGAAGCACCAGCGAGAGAUGCAGCUGGCCCAGGAAAACCUCAGAAUUGAGCUGACCACAAAUCACGUGGAGAAGCUGAAGGCUCUGGCCACAGAGCUGCAGGAUGCCCAUCAGGAGGACUUGCAGGCGGCCCUUCACAGCCAGAGGUGUGUGCUGGAGGAAGAAAACCACAAGACCUUGGACAGAUUGGGUGAAGAGGUGCUCCGCAUGGAGCAGCAGCACCGGGAAGCCCUCCGGGAACUCAAGGAUAUCCACGUGGCUGAGCUCGACAGGCAGAGAGCCGAGGCUGGUCAGCAGCUCCAGGAAGAGCUGAGCAGACUGAGAGCCCAGCACGCACACGAGCGGGAGGAAGAUGCCCGAGUAGCGUCUGCCGAGGGUGAGGAGGCCAGACGGCGGCAGGAGCUGCUCUUUGAGCAGGAGAUGGCCUUGCUCAAGGGACAGUCGGAAGUCCUGGAGCAGCAGGUGGCCCAGCUGAAGGACAAGCUAGAGACGGAGAAGCUGUUGGCCGUGGAGAGAGAGAAGGCGCAGGCCCUUUGCCAACAGGAGAAAGAGGCACUGACUUCGCAGCUGCAGGAGCAGAGCAGCCUCAUUCUCCAGUUGAAAGAAAAAGUCUUGUCCUUAAACAACGAAGUAGCAGACACUCACGGGGAGCUGGAAAAGCUUCAGGAACGGCGUGAACGAGAGCACGAGGAAGGGACGAACCUGAUAUCUCUGCUGAGAUCCGACAUGGGCCACACCCAGGAUGAAAGGAAAGCCCUGCAGGAGACAAACCAGCGACUUCUGAGUCUUUUUGGAGACACCCUGAAGGCCGCCAUCGCUAUGAAGAGCCAGAUCAGCAAGCGAAUCGGGGUCUGUCUGGAUGAAGAGAGUACCCCCCUGAGGAUGCAGGGGCAGCGGGCCCAGGACAUGGGUCAGCUGCCUGGGGACGCGUCCCCUCCAGGUUCCAUUCCCCACCUGGAGUUCGAUCAGACCUUGCCAGAAUGUGACGAGACCUUACUUGCUGUGAGUGACAUCAGCAGUCAUGUGCGAGAGAGCUUCUUUUUGAGCCCAGAGGUCACGGUGGAGUGUGAGCAGCCCAUCAGGAGGAUCUAUCAGAGUCUGGGGGCUGCUGUGGACAACCUCUUAGAGAUGAUUCUGGACUCCAGUAAACAACUGGAGGAGACUCGUGAACUUCAUGCUCGCUUUGAGAUGGAGUUUAACCGGAAAAAUCAGGAGACUGCCCAGGCGGUAAGACAGCACCAGGAGCUGAUGGACUGUUUAAACCAGGAGAGUGCGGCCAAGAAUCAGCUGGCCCUGGAGCUUCACAAAGCGGAGGGUCUCGCCGAAGGGUACAAAGCCGAGAAGGCUGCCCUGGAGGAGGCUCUGUCGCAGAAGGAAAAGUCCGAGCAUCACCUGGCUGUGGAGUUGGAGAACCUGAAGGCCCAGUUCCAGGGGCUGACCCGAGAACAGGCCAGGCUGAAGGAGGAGCAGAGCCUGUUGUUGAGGCAGAAGGAGAGGCUGAUCGUGGAGGCUGAGGAGAAGGCCGCCGGCGUUCCUGUUGGGACGGUAGCCCCAGAGGAUUCAGGUUUACUUAAGGAAGUAGAACAUUUGGUAAAGGAGCAAUCGGAAAGCAAACGACAGUCUGAGAAGGAUUGUUCGAGCCUGCGUUCUCAGAUGAGAGUUUUGGAACGGGAGUUGGAAGAGCAGCUUUCCCACGGCCAAGAGCUUGCCCAGCAAGCGGCCGAAAUCCAGGACCUCCAGCAGCAGAUCGUUUCCUUAGACAAACACUUGCGGAAUCAGCGGCAGUUCAUGGACGAACAAGCGGUCGAAAGAGAACACGAACGGGACGAGUUUCAGCAAGAAAUCAGGAAGCUUGAGGAGCAGCUGAAGCACCAGCCUGCCCCCAAGAGCCAGCUUUGGGGAGAGCCCCUCGAGAGGGAGAGCUUGGAGUUCACUCCUGAGGUUGAAUCUUUACAAAGAAAAUUAAGAGCAAAAACAGAUGAAUUAAACGAAUUGGUUAUAAAGAAGGAGCUGGCAGAAAGACAACUAGCAGCCCAAAAAGAUGAAAUCAGAAACCUGGAGGACACAAAUGCAGAAAUCAAAAGAAAAGUUAGCUGCCUUGAAGAAGAAUUGGAGAGACAGAAGAAAAUUGGGAAAGAAUUGAAACAAGACAAAGAGGCUUUGCAGGAGCAGCAAAUGAAUAACCUGAUUCAGAUUUCCUCACUACAGUCAAAACUGGAUGAAGCGAAACACUUGCCGCCUACCCACGGGAGCCCUAAUGAGGAUGAUCUGAAGGAGCAGUUGAAGGCGGAGCAGGCGGCUCUCCUGCUGAAAGAGAGCGAGGUUCUGAGCUUGGAGGAAGAGCUAGAACAGCUGAAGAACAAUCUGACAAGUAAAAAUGAUGAGAUCCUGCAGCUGAACUUAGAAUUAGCUCUGCAGAACAACCAGAUCAGUUCCAGCAUCCAAGAGCUUUCUGCAGAGAAUGCCGACUUAAAGGCAUUUCUACAAAGCAAAGAAAAGGAGAUUGUCUCUUUGAAUGAGCAGAUUAAGGAAUUACAGCACGAGGUAGAGCAUGCAGUGGAGCCCAAGGUGAUGGAAGACAGUUCUGAAAUAGAGGAGCUAAAAGCUGUUAUUGAAAAUUUGCGAGAGAGCCAGGAACGAUUAAGAAAGGAGAAGCUGGAAGAGGUUGAGCAGCUCCACGAAGUGAUUGAGAAGUUGCAGCAGGAGCUCUCUCUGCCAGGGCCCGUCCUUCACGAAGGCAGCGAUAGCCAGGGUGACUCUGACAGCUCCCAGGCCGAGAACCUGCAGCGUGAGCUCCAGAAGGGGCUCUUCUCUUUUCAGGCCGCCAGCGACCAUGAUGGAGCGAGGGAGCUGCCAGACCCCCGCGUGAAGCAGCUGCAGGACGAGCUGGAGGCUCUGCUCGCUGCCAAGGAGGCCCUGGCGCAGCUCCUGGAGGACAAGGAAAGCCAGUUCCGGCGUGACCUGCAGAGUGUCCACGCGGCUUCCACCGAGCAGCUGGGCCUUGUGAGGCGCCGCCUGUCUCUGAAGGAGUCGGAGGCCAAGAGGGCGGCCUCCUACGCCCAGCACUGGAAAACCGCCUUCCUCGAGAAGGAGGCCGAGGCCUGUGCUCUGACCAGAGAGCUGGAGGUGCUCGCCUCGGCCUGCUCUCACCUGGAGAGGGAGCUGGAACAUAAGUAUGUGCCGGACUCCCAGGAGCCCUCCGAGCUACAGAUGCUGAAUCGGCACCAGGCCUGUGGCCCCCAGUGUCAGGUGCAAAUUCAGAACCACUGGAAGGAAGCGGGUGCUCUGAGCAUGCCCAGGAUGCAGGGCCCCAGGCGGCUCCCACCUGGGGCUCCUGCCCAGGAGGCUCAUUGGAGCAGGCAGGUGUCCAGAGGAGGGCAUUGUGCUCCAGCCACCACAGAGGACGAGUGCGGUCAGGACACAGGGCCCUGGCAGCUGGCCGCUGCUCCCCAGGGGCACUGUGGUCAUGGAUUGAUUCAGCAGAAACCAAUGGAGAGUUAUCCGUGGCACAAAGGAGAUCUGAUGACCCAAGUGAGACACAUUCAGGAAAAGCUACAUCACCUGAUCCAGUCCAUAUCCCAUGGGGACAACAGUGAUGCUGAAGACCGGACAUGGCUGCACCCGCGAGGACUAUCAGAGCGCCCUGCAGUGGCGAGUCCUCCCCAGCGACCUCACAGUCGUGUCUCAUGGACCGCUCAAUCAUCAGUUGACUCAGGCCCUCCUGCCUCACAGGGGCCAGUCUCCAACAUGCUCUGUCCCUCGUGGGGCCCAGCUGACAACACGAAUGGUCAGGAUCCUCCAGGCCAAGUCAGACACAAAUUCAAGUUUGACCAGAGCCUGGAGUCCUUCCCGAGCAGCCCCAGCAGAAACCCAUGUGAUGCUGAUCCGCGGACGCCCGACUGUUCUUAUUUGGAAGAGCCGGUGGCUGCUCUGAAAGCCCCAGCACUGAUGCAGAGCCGGGAUUCUCCCCCUCCAGAUGAAGGAGGCGCAUUUUCUCUUGGGCCGAGCGAAGGGUCUGCACAGGCUUCACCAUCUUCCCCCUGCAGUGCUGAGAAGGGAUCCAUUCAGCACUUCCGAGAUACCAUCUUGGACACGGACACCUCCUUGCUGGGCUCCCCGGAGCUGGUCAGAAAAGACUCCACACUAGAAGGGCUGCCCAGCAUCCAUCUGACGCCCCUCUCCCAAACUGCUGACCUGCAGAGCCCAGACCUGGCGUGGCGGUCCUUGGCUCUCCAGGAUUGCUCAGGAUACUUGGCUUAUCCUGCCCUCCUGGGGCUGGGAAUAACCCCCCCAGCCUCCCAGUCUCUGUCUUGUAGGGAGAAGUCUCAGCCUGAUGCCAGCCAUGACGUCGAAAGGAGGCUAUUGGAAAAAGAUGUGGAAGACUUCAUCAUAACACCAACGGAUUCACAAGACCUACAGUCCACAGUAGCUGGCUUAGGAGAGGACAGCGAUGGACAUGACAUCAGUCAGAUUUCAGAUUUUCCAGACAAACUAAAGCAAGAUUCAAAAAGAUCGGGACCUGCACACACUCGCCUUGUGGCUCAACCUCAGAAAUCUGGAAUGGUUGAAAGGCCUUUCAAGCCAAUGAAGGAUAAGUUAGAAAUGCAGUCCAGACAGAUGAAGGCGCUACUAAAGAUGGUGUGUGACGAGAGCCAGCAGAUCUUGGUCUUGUCUAAAGCUGAAGCCUCUGCUCCGGAGCUGGGCCCUGACCCACUGCACAUCCCCCUGGAUUGCUUUCAGAAGGAGAGGCAAGGCCUGCUGGACGCUGUGCAGGCCCUCAAAGACUACCUCACCAAAGCCCCGCCCAGAGGGGAGAAGGAACCUUCCGAAGUGGGCUUUGACUGGGGAGACUUUCUGCAGGCGGUCCAAGAAGUUCUGGAAAAGGAGCGGCAUGUGCUCAAGAUGGAGCUGCAGGCCCAGCUGUGCAAGCUGGACUCUGGGGAUGAAAGGUCACUGCUGGAGAAGCUGGAGGACCUGGUCAAAGAGCAGGGGGAGCUGCAGAAGAAAACGCUGGAGAAUCUGCAUUUGAGUGACCGCAGCCUGUUGUCGGAGAUCCAGGCCCUGCAUGCCCAGCUCCGCAUGACCCAACUGCAGAACCAGGAGAAGCUGCAGCAGCUCUACGAGGCCCUCACCAACGUCGAGGACCAUGGCAGCAAGCAGGAGUACCAGUUCCGGAGACAAGUUGAGCUACUGGAAUAUAAAGUGGAGCAGGAGAAAUGCAUAGUGAGCGAUUUGCAGAAGACUCUCACCGAAGAGCAGGAGAAGAGGACGGAGAACCAGAAGGUUCUGCUGGCGGCGCAGAACACAGCCCAGGAGCUCCAGGCAGAACUGGACAGAUGCAAGCAGGAGAAAGAGACCGCGUGCCAGGCCCUGAGAGAUGCCCAGGAGGAGGCUGCCCACCUGAGAUCCAUGCUGGAAGCUAAAGAGAGAGAUCUGAAGAAAGCCCUGGAUGUGCUGCAGGGAGAGAAGCAGAAAGCCAAGGAGCUGCAGGCCCUUCUGGAAGACGAGCAGAGGCAGAGUUCGGAGAAGAGUGAGCUGAGCUCCAAGGCCAUCGAGGAGCUGCAGGCCUCUCUGGACAAGCAGCGCAGCCAGAACGGGCAGCUGGCCGUGAGCCUCCAGCACGAGCAGGCCGAGAAGGACAACCUGAAGAAGGAGCUUCAGAUCGAGUCCUCGCGCUGUGAGGCUCUCCUGUGCCAGGAGCGCGGUCAGGUGUGCGAACUCCAGCGGGCUCUGGAGGCCGAGAGGGGCCACGCGGCAGAGCUCAGCGCGGCCCUGACCCACGAGCGCCUGCUCACGGAGCAGCUGAGCAAGCGCGCCGGCGAGGCCUGCACACAGAAGGAGGCCCAGCUGCAGCAUGCCUUUGUGCGCAAGCUGAAGGAGGAGAAGGCGCGGGCCGCGGAGCUGCAGGCCCUGCUGGAGGACGCCCGGCAGCAGAGCGCAGCCGUCAAGAAGCAGCGGGAGCUGGAGGUGCAGGCGCACCGUGAGGAACUGAGGAAGGAGAAGGAGGGCUGGCAGCGGGAGUUGGAGCUACAGCGUCAGAGAGAUGAGCACAAGAUCCAGCAGCUUCAGCAGAUGAUUGCGGAGCUCGAGAAGGACAAGGGCUUCGUGCCCAGCAGACCCUGGCCGGAGCGUGGGGCUGGGGCAGCCCUGCCCCCUGACACGGAGAAGCUGAAGGAGCACCAUGAGCAGCUCGAGAACGUACGGCAGCAGCUGCUCCAUGCCGUCGGGCUUCUGACCAGCUUCAUGAACCAAACCGUUAACAGAACAAUCAGUGACUGGAUGUCAUCAAAUGAAAAGGCUGUGAUGUCCUUGCUGCUGACUCUGGAGGAAUUGAAGUCAGAAUUAAUGUCAAGCCUCCCUCAAGAGGAAGAAGUGGCUGCCCUUGGACCACCGCCGGUAGUCACGUGGUUGGGGCAGAAACACAAAACCGGCAGCCUCAAUAAAAAAACGACCCAGGCCCAGAUCAGCCUCAUCGACGUCUUGCUGAAGGAAAAUGGCUCGCUCACCAAAGCCCUGAGCACCAUGACCCAGGAGAAAGUGGAGCUGUGCAGAACCGUGUCUAAGCUCGAGAAGACGCUCAAACACCACCUGCAGAAGGGCUGCGGGCACAACUAUAAAUUCGUGGACCGAAUUGGCACGUUACAGAAAGCUGACAAGGCGGCUUGGAAGCAGCAGAAGAUGGCCCUGCCAAGCUCCAGGCAUGGCGAGCCAGGGAUGGUGAAAGCCACCUUGAAGAGCGAAACCCCCUAUGGGGGGAGCACGUGCCGAGUCAAGAUGGAAAAGUUAUACCUGCACUUCCUACGGGCAGAGAGCUUCCGCAAGGCCCUGAUUUAUCAGAAGAGGUAUCUCCUGCUGCUGAUCGGGGGCUUUCAGGAUUCUGAGCAAGAAACCCUCUCCAUGAUUGCACACCUGGGGGUGUUCCCCUCCAAGAUGGACAAGCGGACUUUUGCAUCUCGCCCCUUCACCAAAUUCCGGACCGCUGUCAGGGUGGUCAUUGCCAUCUUAAGAUUACGCUUCUUGGUGAAAAAGUGGCAAGAGCUCGAUCGAAGAGGGAUGUUCACUCAGAGCAGCGAGCUCGAUUCAGUGCCUGAGGAAGCGGUCGAGGUUUCGAGGCCGCCGCCACCACUUUCAUCCUCACCAUCGCUCCCUGAAACCACCAGCUCCCCUCCCACGCAAGAUCUCCCCCCGAGUUCUCUGAAAAUGAGGCGUUCACCGUCCCCUGCCUACCACCUGUGGGACAGAACCCUGACGUCCCCAAGCUCCAGUGUAGAUGUUUAUGACAGCUCCCAAGACCCAGAACACUCCUUAACAGAAAACAUUCAUCACUUAGAGAUCAUCCAGCAGAGACUACGGGGCAUCCAGCCAGAGCUGAGUUCCAAAAAAUCUGGCCAUCAGAGGAGCAAAAAGUCAAGCCCCUGAGCACCCGGACGUUUAAGGAAGCAGCAGAAGCCGGGGUUUCUCGGGUCUUCUCUUUGCUUCUGGGCCCCUCGUUCCCUUCCUCCUGCUCUUUUUCCUUUUUUUAAAGAAAGCCUCUUGGUGCCGCAGCACGGGAUUGUGGGAAGACCCUGCUCCCGUGUGUCUGUCCGCCCUCACGACAUCAGCACGAGCGCCGCUAAUUAAAAGUGUUCUCGUCUCUGUGCAGUGUCUUUAAACCUCGUUGUGUUGUAUGGGUGCCCACCCGCGUGCCUGCCCGCACCAAUGAAAUGUAAAGUAGGCCGGGUCCUCCUGUUGUGGAUUUUUCUCAAGUGUAUAUCUGGACACCUUGUAAAAAGUCAUUAAAAGCC